CUCCAAAAUUUUGGAGCCAGCCGCGCGUGGAAGACGCUGUUCAGCGGCAAGCGAGGUCACUUUCCAGCCGCCUUCAUUGCUUCCUUCGAUUGAUUCCAUCUCCCUUUGCUGGCCUCUCUCCCGGAUCAUAUCUCACGUCUCUCCCUAAUACAGACGGACAAAAAUCAUGUCGUCGCUACGAAACAGCGUCCAGCGCCGCUCCCAUAAGGAGCGCGCCCAGCCCCUCGAGCGCCAACGUCUCGGUCUCCUCGAAAAGAAGAAGGACUACCAAAAGCGUGCCAAGGACUACAAGAAGAAGCAGGAGGUGCUCAAGUCUCUGCGCCAGAAGGUCGCCGAGAAGAACGAGGAUGAAUUCUACUUCGGCAUGAUGUCCCGCAAGGGACCGGGCUCCGCCAUCACCCACGACGGCAAGAAGAGGAACUUUACCGGCACGGUCGAGGGCGAUCGCGGCAACAAGGCCAUGGACGUGGAGACGGUGCGCCUGCUCAAGACACAGGACCUGGGAUACCUGCGGACGAUGCGAAACGUGGCUGCCAAGGAGGUGCGGGAGCUGAUGGAGAGGGUCAUUCUCGCUGGUGGCGCCGACCUGGACGACGAUAGCGACGACGACGAGGACGAUUUUGAGGACUUCGACGAAGACAUGGGUGGGAGCAAGAACAAGAAGAAGAGCUCGAGCGGGAGGACAGUACCCAAGAAGAUUGUCUUCUUCGACGCGGCCGAGGAGCGCGAGCAAAAACUACAAGAAGCGGACGACCAAGAGAUGCAAGAUUUUGAUUCGGAAGAGGACGAGAAAAAGGCAAAGGUGCAGGAUCGGAAAGCGCGAAACCUGGCGAGACUGCAGAACAGGCUCAAGCAGGCCAAGAAGAAGCUCAAGGCUCUAACGGAUGCCGAGCAGGAGCUGGAGAUCACACAGGCCAAGAUGGCCAAGACACGGACGUCUGGCGGCAUCACAAAAUCCGGCAGGAGGAUCAAGGUCAAGGAGAGAAAGAGGUAACGGGCCCGGGUGGAAGAUUGCCCGUUCUCGUUCGUCUCCUUUUCUCUCUCUCUGUUCCGUUCCGUGCCGUUGGGUUGUUUUUCUCUUGUUCCAUUUUUCACUAGGUUCAUUUUUCUCGAGGAGCGAUUUGACGACAUCACCACAAAUAGUCCCAUCUCAGGGUUUUAUUCAAAUCCGUCUAAAAAGGACAGCUAGGUAGCUUCCAUAGCUACUGCUGUUGCAACGGUUGAUGA